AGAAAAUACGGUACUGUGAAGAGUUAUUUCCCUUACAAUAUGUCAGCGCCCAUGAAUCAAGGCUAAAAGUAGAUACAAUGGUGUUCCAAAUGGUUUUAGCAGAGAAUGAAACAGAAUCAAAGAAAGUAAAAGUUUCAGAGUUACCUAUCUAUGAUAACCCUGAAGACAGAUUUGAAGUUCAAGUUUUCCCAGAAGAAAAGACACCAUUUAAAAAUGGAGUAACAGAAUUUAGAAAAUCUCUGUUUACAGUACUAGACACAUUUAAAGAAACGACAGACACAAUUAAAGACAAAUAUGAAAUUGGAAAAGCACAUACACAACAAACAAUAGACUAUAUACAGAAUGAUCCAGGAAUAUUGCCUAGAGCAGGAGUUAUAACUGUUGCUGGAUUGGGUGGAAUUGUUCUUGGUCAUAGAGGUGGAAUUUUACGUAAACUGUUUUAUUCAUCAUUUGCUGUUGUUGGUGCUACAUCCCUGUGUUACCCAAACCAAGCAGUGGAAAUAUCACAGAAUGGCUAUAACAAAGCUAAAGACCAUGCCAUGUCAUUGUGGAAUGGUCCAGAAAAAGAUAAAAAAGAAUAAAGAGGAGAGAUUCCUGAGUGAAUUUAAAGAGGUGGACUAAAGAAAAAAGACUUGUGUAUUUGUGAUAUGUACAUGUAAACUGGAUUAUAAAAACAGAAAUUGAAUUAAAAAUGUGUAUAGUAGUGGUUGAUAUCUAUUUAAAAGAGAAAAACUUUGAAAAACUUCAUCUAAUAAAGAUUAUUGUGUUUUGUA